AUGGGGUGUGUCAACUUUAAGGCCAAAAUUGGACGAUUUCCUGGGCAGCAAAAUCCAGUUACCCUUGCAGCAGAUACAGCUUUUUAUGUCAGUGAUGUUGAAGCAUUAACAGAUGUUUUUAAGACUAUGUGUAAUUCAAUCGAACCUGACGGAAAAAUAAUCAAGGAAGAAUUUAAAUUAGUGCUCUUCAAAGAUAGUCAAAGACAAAAUUUAUUUGCAUAUCGAAUCUUUAAUCUAUUUGAUCUGAAGCAGAAAGGAAAGAUUUAUUUUGCUGACUUCGUUAAAGUAUUCCAUGUCUUCCACUCGGAUACACCAGUCGAGGCCUAG